CGGCAAAUCUUCAGAUUGUAUUUUUUUUUCAUUUCUGUCUCUCUGAAGAUUAAGAUAUUUGUUACAUCAGCGAUUUCUAUUUCGUGUGUGCGCGUCUUUAUUGAUUUUCCCCGUCACUCCGUCAGGUAAGACCUGCACGGGAUCUGCAGACAGGACAUGAUAUAGCAGACGACAACUGAUCUAGCAGACGACAAUUUACAUAAUUUGAAAACACUCAGAUUUUAACAGUUUUAGUUCUGUUAUAGUGUCUAUUUUUUUCUUCCUUUUUAAACAUUCGCGCAAAAAACUAAAAUAUUCCCUCCUUUCUACAUUUGCGUUUGGUUUUUGAGGACAAAUUAGAGACGGUCUACUGAACUUAUUUCUUUUCUUCCUCAAUAUCUGUGUUGUGAAACACGAAACCUGCGGUGGUAUUGUCCAAACCGUAAUCGUGUUUUGCAUGCCUGAUCGAAUAUCGACAUGUCAUGAACCACUGACGAGGUACUAUGUGACAUUGUGUGAACCGGAAUACUACGACAAGACUACCCAAUACUUAGCAUUUGUUGCAAAUGGAGGAAUAUGAACUAUGGAACAAAGACGUGUCAAGACUUCGUUGUAAAAUUCUGUAAUGGUUUCGCUAGAAGGCAGUAAUAUGUAACUGAGUAAUGGCGGUGAACACGGAACUGGCGGCUAUCAUCGGAGGCUGUGUGGCCGGCGGAGUUUUGCUACUGUCUAUCAUCGCGUGCAUCAUCUACAUAUCAUGCGGUUCUAAAAGAAAAAAGAGAAACCGUGAAAAGAAGACGUUCCAUCACAGCGUGUCCGACUCUGGGGGGCGUCAGUCCCACCACUCCACUCUGAGUCAGAUCGACCCUCGAUCCCUGCCGAAAGUCAGCAGCAAUGGGCUGUGGGUGGACGCCCCGGGGGUGUACACACCCGCACCGGCCAGCGGGUACUACUACGGGCGGCCAGGUCAAGGUUAUCGGGCGGAACAGCAUGGCAUGCAGAGGGCGAUUUCUGAAAGAGGAAUCCCAGUUCUCCCCGGACACCCGGUCUACCAGAACAACGUGCGUAUUUACCACAGCCAGCAACUGGCACCAGUCUACGAGGUCAUACCUUCUGGCUCAUCAGGGUUCAUGAAUGUGUACGAAUAUGGAGAAUUGAACCAUUCUCGAUCUCGUCUGCUAGAACGUGAUUCAGCCGAAAGACAUCGCCGAGAUGAAAAGAAGGUGAAGCGAUCGCAGAGCGACGUGGGUCGCGGCGUCGACAAACACCAUCGGUCGAAACACCUCGGCCCCGACAGACAUGCAGACAGGCAGCCGGACAGACACGCCGACAAACAUUCAGACAGACACGCCGACAAACAUUCAGACAGACACGCCGACAAACAUUCAGACAGACAUUCCAGCAGACAUUCUGACAAAUAUGCAUCCCAGGAGCAGCUUCAGAAGCACCGCGUUUCACAACAGAAGUCAAAGUCACUGGAGCGACCAUCAGACGUGGCCGCCAGACCCAAGAUACACACAAACGAAUCAUCAUCGUCCAAAACUGCUGCUGCCUACGACAACCCAGCCUUCAGCAGAUCCUCGACAACGGAAAAGGUAGACCCAGUUCUGUCCCAGACUACCGUUCCUGUCAAGCAUGAGAAGGUCCUGUCGUCUGCUAUUACAUUAGAAUCUCAGGUGGCGACUGACAGCAUGAAACUGCAGGAGAAGAAGGAACAGAGACCAGUAAUUAAUAAGACUGAUGAUGAGAAGUACGUGGUGGAUGACUCUGGUGUCAAGGUGCAGCAUUACGUGUAUAAGGGUUCCAUAUACGCCGUCCCUGGCAAACUCGCCGAGGACGAAGCUGAUGGUUAUGAGGAGAACCCCAUUGUCAAACGAAUGGAGGAGAUGAUCUUGGAAAAGACGGGCGAGAAGGACGUUCGAUCAGCAGAGCCUAUAGCUAAAGACAUAAGUAGUAGCCAGGUUAAAAGUCUUCCCGUCGAUCCGUUGUAUUCCGAGGCAGCGGAGAUCGUCAGAGAGUCCAUAUCCUUGACUGCAUCAGCCAGUCGUAAUGCAGACACUGGGGAGACUGUCGGAGAGGCGGACAAGAAUAAAGAAUAUCAGUCACAAGAAAGCCAUGAUGAUCUGGGUCUUAAAGGUAAGAACAUCACAGCUGAAGCGUUCCAGUUCCUCGACCACUACCUCUCAGACGACGAAACUGUGGAGAGUCCGCCGAUAUCACCUACACCGGAAACUGGGUUCGCAGGUUACUAAACAUUUGUAGCCAAGGGAAGUUUUCGAGUUGAUGACAGUAGCUGUUUACGUCGCUGUUCCUCAUCCACAGAACGAACCGGGUGUAGAGAACGAACGACCUCACCAACAGUCUACAGAAGAUAUCACACGGUCGAGAUUUUGAAGUAAUGGCCUGAUGCUGAAGCAGACGACAAAAAAGGUCACGUUUUCUACCGGAUACGAAGGGCAACCAGAGACUGUUUCAUUGGUUCCCCCGUAAAGUUCGGUGCGCAUGUGCCAGAGAAGAACAACAGAAGUUGGAUCAUAAGGAUUAUCUUUGAACUAAACAAUCAGGAAAAGAUUUUUCUGAAAGUACAGAGUGUUCUGUUACAUACGUUUUUUAUGAGUAAUCUCCAAAUCAUUUAUUUUGUUCAAACCAUAUUAUAUUAAAAUCACUAAUAAAAAUGUGUAUUAAAGUCACUGACCAUAGUUCCAAUGUAUGUACCUCUUUAUGUUUCACAUAAUACAUUUUAGGACAACAGGAUGUUUGAAACAUUCGCAUUCGUCUAAGUUAAUCAUUGUAAGCAAUGUGCAAUUUAACGAUUGAAGCCUGUAAUAGCUGAACAUACACUGAACAACAAAAUAGAUGCAACUAUGUAUUUUGUUCAAUAUAUUUUACGCUAUGUAAUAACUAGAGUCAGUGCCUUUAAAAGUGUUGUACAUGAUGAGAAUAUUGUGACUGUUAUGUUUACAGUCGAAAACAUUGUUUACGUUUGCCGUCCACGUUUUUUUUUCAGCUAGUUGCUACAUUAGAAUGGCAUGAUAAGAACUUUUUUUUAGAAAUAUAAUAUAUUUUAUAAUAACAUGUUUUCCUUCAGAAAUUAAUAUUUCUGAAAUUGUGGCAAUAGAAAACUUUCAUUUCAAAACAAAAAUAUUUUAAUUUCGACAAGCAUGUUCAAUGCGCUACAUAUCUUUUUUCCAUUUUGUUUUCAUUUUCUUUUGUUUUAAAGACAUCCUGAUUGGUGUGCCAUUUUCAUUGCAUUUGAACGUUUUUCUUUUGUAUGCUGAGGUUAAAGAAACUAAUUUCCUUCCUUAACUAUUAUCAACUCAAGUCAUUUUCAUGAAAGAAAUAAGAUUAAUACAUUAUAAUUUGUGUCUUCAGAAAGGGAUUGAGUGGCUGUAUACAAUGUCGUCUAUUAUUAUAAGGAAAUAUAAUUUAGUUUAACACAAAACUUUGAGAUUUACUCUUGUAAUGCUCUGAUUAAAAUGUUCAUGGGCAAGUAAUUUGUUAUAUGUCCUAGUUUCGUGCCCACCCUCAUUUCCUCACACCUUUCACAUCGAGAGAUUACUGUAUUGGCUAUGGUUAUUCCACCGGUUUUACAAGUACUGAAAAUAAAUAAGCACUAAGGCAAUGCUGUUCUGAAUUCUGAGUUCUUUCGCUGUAAUCAACAUACAACAGUACAUUUAUUGUAGAGGUUCUGUCAUUUGAUAGUUUUACAGUGAAAAAUACAAUUAAUAACAGGUAUACUAUACUAGUUUUAUGAUGGUAUAACUGAAAUGGCAGAAUACUUCAAGGGAGAUAACUCUCAAACUAAUAAAAAUAAAAUUUCGAAGAUUUGGACCAUUAGCAUUGAGUGCUUGUGUGUGUGCGUGCGUGCGUGCGCGUGCGUGCGUGUGUGUGUGUGUAAUGCUUUUGUGCAUUUGGUAAUGAGCUUCAAUAAUGAUUAGUUUUACUGUUUAAAAUAAAAUUAAUCUGCGUUUAGCUUAUUAAAUUUGUAACAGGUCUGGUGUAAUAAAUGGCGGAAAGUGAGUAACAACGCUUUUGUGUUAAACGCAGAACGUUGUAUUUGCCUUGGUUAAUGCUAUAUCAAUGUAUGUAUGUAUGUAUGUCAGAGUUUAGUUAGGACAUUGUACAUGUAUAUCAGUCAUUUGGUAUAGCUACACGGGGUGGGGUCAGUUUUCCCCCGCUUCUGACGCCUAUGUUUGAGUAGCACAGAAUAAUGUGGUGUGUGCUUUAAGUACUGAAAGGUUCCAUUCUAGUCGAAUAACUCAGAAGACCAUUUUCUAUUGUUUAAUAUUUACUGUAUGAUGAUAUUAUAUACCAGUAGUUAUAUAUCAGUUUUGUAUAUCAACUAUUUGUACAGACCUGCAGAACAAUGCACUGUAAGCUAUACUCAACAUUCUAUAUCCCAAUUACGUAAAUAUAUUAACACUGGUACGUGUCCAAAAUGGGCUUACUAAUAAGUGUCGGUAAAGAAAUAUUCUUUACUUGAGACCAUAUAUUUAGAGGGGAUUUUAAUCAAACCCUUUCGCCUCUUCUAAAAUAGCUUUUCAGACAGUUUUUUUUUUUUACAAUAUUCAUUGAUAAAAAAAAUACCUGUCAAUUUAUGUACAGUUUUAAUCAUGUUAAUCGGCAUAUAACUUCGAUAUGUGUACAUGCUGACGUGUGUUAUUUGUUUAAUGGCAGUAUUACUAAAACAUUAAUUUGUCUACCUCAUCAUCGCGAACAUUUUCAUAACUUAUUGUUAUGUGGAAAAAAUUCCGACGUCUUCUGUAGAUAUAAUGACUAUACCGUUGUACUCGACUGCAAAGUCAUUAAAUGCAUUCUAGUAUUCACACAUGACAUAGAUAUUUAAACCUACACACGUUCGCGCAACACUAUGGAAACACGAGCGUACGUGCGCGCGCACACAUACUCGCGCACACAUACACGCACACGCACAUUUGCAAACACAUACGCACGCACACACACUUAUAAACACAAACACAUACAUCAAAGACCCAUUCAAAAAUCGCUGUAAAAUACUAGAUAUUGAACAUUUUCUUAAACACAUGGUCUAAAUUGCCACAGAUGAAAUUGCUUACACAUGACUGCAAGUUUUGGAUUAGUGACAAGGGAUCUUGUAAACAGAUAUUUUAUACAUACAUAUAUAUAUAUAUAGCACAGCACAUACAAUGCCCUUUAGCGUGCCGGACUUGGCCGGCUGGUUUAUAACAACAAACACCUAACGAUCGCUUAAGCACUGAGUCAGCUCCUGCAUAUUUAUUAUAAAUGGACAUAUCUAGCAGAGGCGGAUCCGAAAUGGGGGGAGCAGUGGACCUGUGCCCUCUAAAAACAUCCAAGAACCUCCUUUUUUCUUCUUUUCACUUUCUUUUCAUUGAGAUACCCUAUUGAUGGGUUGGUUCAUGUGCCAUUUUCCCAUUAGUUCCCCCACUCCCCCCCCCCCCCAAUAUUAUUUAUAGAUCCGCCCUUGUCUAGUUUACUUACUAGGUUAAAUUGUACAUAUAGAUUAUACUGUAUACGAAAUACCUCGAAUAGGCUUCAGAUCCGUGACUAGGGUGUGGGUGGUUGGGGGAUACGGUAAAAACAAAACAGACGAUUGCAGAUGCAUCUCUGUCUCUGAUUAUUUUCGUUUUUACUGACCCCCGCCCCCUCCCCUCAAACCCCUAGUUAUGUCUAGACUAGGUACGACCCUGAGCCUACUGGUAAAAACAUACUGUACAUAUCAUACUGUACAUAUUGUCGUAAUGAUUAUAUUGACAUGUUUUAUAACACCAUUGCUUCCAGUAUAAUCAAAAGUAUUUGUUCUUCCUGAAAUGCAGGAUUGCAUGGCAAAGGUUUUCCUAUUUAUUAUGUUUUGUACUCGUGGUUCAAAUAAAACAUAUACUAAUAA